ACGCCAUUUAAUGAACGAACUAGAAAUGCAACAAAUGUAUGAUCUUCCGUUUAUUGAUAAACUUAAAGAAGUUGUAAAUACGCAGGAUGUCGAAGCACUUUUCCGAUUGUGCUGUGAUAGUUCAAAAAGGAAGGAAAUCUUAACAUUUACAGACGAUGAUGGAAAUUCAUUACUCUGUCUUGUUGCUGGUUUCGGCACUGUUGACCUCAUGCGAACAUUGAUUGACAUGGGGGCUAAAGUAAAUGAUGAGUUUUGUAAUCUGGAAAACAUUUUACAAACUGCCUGUUCUCAUGGUAACACAGAAGUCGUUGAGUAUUUAUUACAAUUUGACAGAAUAUUACAGAACGAUACGACAAAAACGGAAUGCAAUAAGUAUGCCAAUCUGUUUUAUUAUGCUGCAAAAUCUUGGAACGUUUUAACAGUCAAAUGUUUACAGAACAAUGGUCAUCUUGGUAUCAACCAAUUAUUUUCAGAUGGAAGUUCUGCACUAUUGAGGCUUGUGAAAGAGAGUGACUGUAAAGGCGUUGAAACCUUGUGUCUAUGUGGAGUUGACGUAAAUAUUGGAACUAUCAACAGUGGUCUAAAAGCAAUCCAUCUUGCUUCCGAAAGUAUCAAGAAUGGCUCAAAAAUGAUUAAAAUACUCUUACAAAACGACGCAAAUGUUAAUGAACCGUUUAUAACACCAGAUCUCAAUCAGCAACCUCUAGUUAUGGCUUUAAAAGCGGGAUAUGCAGAAAAUGCGAGUGUUUUGAUAGAGUUUGGGGCUGAUAUAUCAUUUCAUGGAAAAAGUUCAAAAGACAUAAUUGGAUGUUUUUGUUUAGCGAUAAAAAAUUGUCCAUCUCUUGUUCCAGACCUUAUCAAACGUGGUGCAAACUUGUACGAGACAUACAGAAAAUUUUCAGUAUUGAUGAUUGCCUUAUACAGCAAUGCAGGUAGUGAGGCUAUCGAGGCUUUAGUGAACGCUGGAGCAAAUUUAAAGUUUGGCAUAGAUGGAAAAACUGUGAUACAGUGCUGCACACAUUAUGACCAACUGCAGCCAUUUCGAAAUGCUGGAAUAUUGGUAAAGGAUAUUGAGUCCAAACACAAAGUAUCGACUUUAGGAUUGGCUUUGAACUCAAAAGUUAUGAGUAGUAGUAAUUGCUGUCACUUUGGCCGAUCAGGUUUUGAAUUUGUCAAUGCGCUUCCAAAAUUAGAACUUGAAAAUGAGAUAACAAAACUGAUUGAAAAUGAGGUACGAGACUUAAUUUCGAACGGCGCUAAUCCUGAUAUGUCAACUGAGGAACAUGAUAUACCGUUGGUUACAGCCAUCAAAAAGCAAUUCCUAGGUGUCUUCAAAAUGCUUAUAGCUGCAGGUGCAAACAAACAUUUACUUGGAAAAGAUGGCAAUUCAGCCAUACAUGUGUGCUGCAUAGAGUCAAACUGGAAAUUCUUAGAACUACUGAUUGAAGGUGAAACAGACCUAAAUCAGGCCAACGCAAAAGGAGACUAUCCUCUAGAGCUGGCUUUAAAAGGAGGACGAGAUUUGUACCAUUACCAAUUGGACAUGUCUCUUCUGUUUGAAGAUAGAUGUGUUAACAAGACCGACCCGUCGAAAGAUAUCAUUGCAAGAAUGCUAGAUAAAGGAGCAAAUCCGAACCUAACUGGAAGUGGUAAAAACUCUCCUUUAAUAUUUGCUAUAUUGAAAGGAUUAGAUAGCAUUGUCGACGUAUUACUUCAUGCCGAUGCUAAUAUAUUCCAUAUGGGUGAAAACGAGUCUACAGCAUUUGAAUUCUGUUUUAGAACAAGACACGAGAUUAACAUAAAAGCUUUCAUUGAAAAGGGAGUAUCAUUAAAAGAACCAUCUCCUACAGGAAAGUAUCCUCUUGAAUUGUUGAUAAACGAAAAUCUAAAUCAUGGGGAUGAUUGUAGUUUACUUCUAAUAAUGUUGGCGAAUGGGGCUGAUCCAAAUACUAUAACAGCUGAAGGAGAUUCUGUUUUAACAAAGGCUCUUAAAAUUGGAUUGAUUGACAUAAGCAUGGCGCUUUUAGAUGCGGGGGCUGAUGUCAACCAUAAAGGCAAAGAUGGAUUUACUGCAUUCGAUAUUUUCGCAAAAAAAAAUAUCUUUUACGGUGAUUUGGAACCAAUACAAGAUGAAAUUUUCAAGAAAUUUGUAUUAGCUGGAAUAGACGUCAAUCAACAUAACAUGUCUGGAUCAUAUCCAUUGUUAAUGGCUGUUUCGCAUGGCAAAGACGAUAUUGUUAAACUGAUAUUAGAAACAGGAGGAGAUGUUAAUAUCGUGAAUCAGUCUGGAGAUGCACCUUUGACUGAAGCUAUUUCUCGUGGAUUAGAUGAUACUGUCCAAUUGCUUUUAGAUUAUGGAGCAAAUGUAAACCAGAUCUGCAAAGGAUCCACUAAAGAGCCUGCUAGAAAAAGACGAGUUUAUAAUGAGUUCGGCAUUAGUAUAUCCGAAUCUGAGGAUGAGUAUGAGGAUGAGAUCUGUGAAAAUACAAGUAACGAAUUUGAGAUGUCGUUACUAUCGAAAGUAAUAACAAGCCUUCCAUAUGGAUUGUCAUUGGAGAAAAGAAGACACUUUGUUGAUUUGCUUUUAGAGCUUGGCUCUGAUCCUAAUUUGGAAACGUCCGGGGUAGAUUCGUGUCUAAUGCACGCUGUAAAAUUUGGCGAUCCUGUAUUGGUAAAGACUCUACUUGAGGCCAACGCAGACACUGGUCAUAUUGGCAACAACGGAUGCACAGUUUUGCAUGUCUUUUUCAUGACAUAUCAUAGUACAGAAAUAUAUGGAUUCAGUGGGCUUUACCUAGACCCAACGGGUUAUGGUUCAUUUGAAGAAAACCGUGCGUCAAUUUUCAAAAUUCUACUCGAGUACAGCGCACCAGUUAACGUAGCUUCCUCAGAUGGAGACCUACCAGUUCUCGUAGCUUUAUCAAACUGCAAGACACGUUCUGAAUUUGACAAUAAUCUAGAUGUUAUAAUGGCAAUGCUAGACUUGACGAAAGAUUUGAAUAUACCAGGCAAGAAUAGCAGCACGCCAUUUUUAACUGUAAUAAGAUAUUGUAGUAAAGACGUUUUGGAAAAGAUGAUUCAAAUGGGUGCUGAUGUAAGAUCAAAAGGAACAAAUGGUAAUACGGCUCUGCAUAUUGUUAUGGAGAAAAAAGACUUCAACAAGGAUAUAAUAUCAUGUCUUUUGAUACAUGGAGCAGAUAUCAAUGCCGUUAAUAAUUUAAAGGAAACUCCACUCGUUACAUUUAUCAAAAGAGGGUCGCCAUUUGCCACCGUUGAAUACGUAUCAUUUCUGGUUGAAAAUGGGGCCAAUCCAAAUGUCUCCGCCGAUGGAAUUAAUUCAGCAUUACUGGAGGCGAUUUCAUUUCCAUCGUUUGACGUUGCUUGGGUUUUGAUCGACGCAAAGGCUAACGUGAAUCAUAUAGGAAAUAAUGGAAAUACUGCCCUGCAUGCUGUUUUUUCUAAAGCCUGUAAGAAAAUGAUACAGGAUGAAUCGUACGACUCGUAUGGUUCCGAUGAAUACAUAUCAGAUUAUGAAUACGCGGCGGCUUCAGACAGCUCAUUGAAAUCAUGUGAUGGUGAAAUACACAACGCUGAUGAUAAUUCUAACCUGCAAAAAAACGAUAGUGAGAAGGAAACUACAAAUUGUCAUAAUUUAGAAAGUAACGACGAGAUGACGAAUCCAGAAACACAAAAUAUUGAUGACACAAAAACAGAAGGAAAUAUGGAUAUGGGAUUCAAUCAAUUGGAAGGAAAUGUUGAAACUGUAUCUACUAAAACAACAGCAAUUGGAAUGCAAAACGAAAGCGAAAACUGUGAAGUUUUGGAAGCAACUGUUCGACUGGUCAAUGCAGGGGUCAGAAUUAACAUUUUAAAUAAAGAUGGGCAUACACCUCUUUACUAUCUCAUUGAGAAGCAGGAUAUGUCUACUAUAACACAAGUGUUACCAUAUCUUCUAAAAAAGGGAGCAGAUCCCAGUCUAGGAGCCGAUUUGCCAUUGAUUGCUGCAGCAAAUUUAAAUCAAACUACAACGACAAAAAUGCUUUUGGAACACGGUGUUGACGUAGAUAAAAAGAAUUCUCAUGGAAAUACGGCACUUACAACACUAUUAGCUAGUUACUCAGGCUUAUCUAAAGGUAGUAGAAAAGAAACAGUAUGCAUCCUGUUGAAAGCAGCAGCAUCAGUUAAUAUAACAGAUUCUGAUGGGAAAACGCCACUGGUUCUGUUAAUCAAAUCUGUAGGACAGUGCAUAAAUAACAGCAUGUUUGAGGAAAAAGUAAUGGAAAUGGUUUCAGAACUGACCGAAAAGGGAGCAGAUCCAAAUUUGACACCACUGGGUGAAGACUCUGCUUUGAUCCUUGCAGUAGAAUAUAUGUCCCCAACCGUUGUUCAGAUACUUUUGGAAUCGGGUGCAGAUACCAAUCAUAUUGGUAAAAAUGGUCAAAAUGUUUUGCACAGUUGUUUCAGGUCCAAAGAUAGAAUAUAUUUAGGUUUUGGUUACCACAAUAAAGAACAAAAAUUGUCCAAAAUACUUGGUGCACUUUUAGCAACGACACCAAACGUCAAUCUUAAGGAUAAUGAUGGAUUUUCUCCCUUAGAAUUGGCAAUACAAAAUCAGAAGUUUGAAGGAGUUGAGAAACUUAUAUCUGCCAAUCCUGAUAUUUUACAGAACAAAAACGACAAAUUAAAAGUAUUUGAGAUGUGUAUAGCGAUCGAUCAAAGCCUAGAAGUGUCGUUAAAAAUACUAGAUACGCUUACUGAUCACCUAAACUUGGACAACGAUGUUGAUGUUUUCUUCCGUAAUUUUUGGAAAAGAAUUAAAACAGAGAAUGUAUCUUCCUACAAAGAAGAUCUUGACAACGUUACUUUUAAGAUUUUGUCUUCUGAAGAAAGAGUACAUGUUAAUUUAGAAAACAAUUUGGACGAUUCACCACUUAUUUACUUCUGUCAAAUUGGAUGCCCUCAAGCUGUAAAGAUGUUAUUGGUUCAUAAAGCAGAUGUUAACCAUGUUGGGAAGAGCGGAACUGCUCUACAUUACAUAAUUGAUUUGACAGAUGAUGAAUGUGCUGUGUCGUUAUUCGACUGUUUGCUAAAAGAAAACCCGUGUCUCAAAAGUUCUGACAACAAAGGCAAGACAGUGAUACAAAAAGCCAUUGCUAUCUUGUGGGGAAAGCGGGAUGAAAAUUUGAGAAUUGGUUAUCAAUAUUAUGCCUCUGUUAGUGGAAGUAGAUUUAAAACUAUUAGUUCACACGUCAAAAAAUUGUUAGAUGCAGGUGUGACUUUAGAUUUAAAUGACUUAAAUGAUGCAUUAUUUAUGUGUGCUAAAAAGAGUGAUUUCAAGGGGAUGGAAUGCUUUAUUAUGAAUGGAGGAGACUUUUGUAAAACAGAUGAAAAUGGAAAAUCAAUCCUUCAUCUUUGUUGGUCAGACUCGUUAGAUGGUGGAUUAGAAUUUUUGCAGUUCUUUGUUGGUACCCAAAACUCUUUGAACAGAUUUGAUUCAGUAGAAAAUUCAAUCUUGUUAUCAGUAUUGACACACAGAGAAUGCUAUGGACAAGAAUUUGAACGUGUUAAGGAAAUAGAUAGAUACAUAUCAGAUUUAACUGCAUUCCUUAUCAAACACGGAGCAUGUUGUGUAGCCGAUAAUGAGGGGAAUGGGCCAUUACAUAUUGCUGCUGAGAAAGGAUACCUGGCAACUAUUGAUGUACUUUUGAAAUUAAACAGUGGUUCAAUAUAUGGCCUAAAUAAAGCAGGCCAAACAGCGUUACACAUUUGUCUAAAACAUCCAAAAGAGAAUUUACUUGAAGUUGUUAAAAGGUUGUUCGAAAGUAGAAACUCAAAACUGUGGUUGAAAUUGCACGAAGUUACUGUGCUGUAUCUUGCCACGGUGGCCGCACAGAGAAUUCACUCAUACAACUUCGACUGUCAAUCAUUAACGUCUCAGUUGGUAAAACUGUUACUUGAAAAUGGUGCUGAUCCUAACAAUCACUCAGAAGACGAUAUACCUUUGCUGUCUGCAUUAAAAGCACGAGAUUUAAAGACUUCAGCACUCCUUUUAGAAGCUUCCGCAAAUAUAAAUGCAACAAACCGUAAAGGAAAGUCUGGACUUCAUAUAAUCUUAGAAAACUACGAAAAAGAAAAUGAUCUUUGCCUGACAAAACUACUGGUAGAAAAGGGUAUAAAUGCAAACUUGGUUGAUGAAGAUGGGAAAUCUCCAAUGAUCGUUUUGGUUGAGAAGUACGAUGGCUAUGGUGACGAAGUAGUCAGCUCAUUUGAGGACAUUUUUAAGGUUCUUGUCGAUUGUGGAGCUGAUCUCAAUCUAUAUAAUACUUUAGAACAGACCGUACUUAGCUAUUUUUGUGCAUCUGGAUCAACUGUUGAAAUAGGAAACAUUCUUUUGAGGUAUGGAGCGGAUCCAAAAAUUGGAUGCUGCUUACAAAAUUUUCUGCAGAAUAAUCGAAUCCUCAUCAAUGAAACUUCAUCGAUUUUAUUUCUGUCAUCCCUCCUGGAAAAGGGAGCUGAUGUAAACAGACGUAUAAUAAAAGGAACUAAUUUGAUUGACAGUGUGCAGAAAAGAAAUGUCAUUCUUGUUACAGAAUUAAUCAAGUAUGGAGCCCAAAUAAAUGAUUGUGACGAAACAAAGAAAACAGCUUUGCAUUAUGCUUGUACCCUCGUUGAUUUAAAAGAAAGAUAUGAAAUAACAGCAUUUCUCGUGAAGCACGGAUCUUACUUAAAUGCUGCAUCUCAUUCUGGUGAAAGGCCUCUAGAUGUUGUUGUGCAAAAUAUGAUCAAGGAAAUGACUAUCGGGGUUCAUAAGGCAACAGAAGAUAAUUGUAGAAAGAUAACAGUAGAUUUAUCCGUACUGAAUCUUCUUGUGUGUGGAGGCGCAGAUUUAUACCCUCUUAUAGCCGAGUCAAAUCCACCAUAUAGUGGAAAUUAUUUAAAUCCAACGCUGCCAGUAAAUAUCCCAAACACAUACAAAUCUGCCUUGCUCUUGUUAAUACAUCAUGGACUUUUCCAAACUGCCAAAUUUCUACUACUUUGUGGAUGGGAUUUUCAAAAAGAAGAAUGGUUUGAUGCCUUUGAUGUCUCCGAACUUGAUCUCGAAAACAUCAGAAUAAAUUACAACAUCUAUAAACGGCAUAAUAUUGAAGCAAAAAAAGCAGAAUUCAAAUCAUUUUUGCAGAAUUUUGAAAAGGGUCCUAAAUCCUUAGCAAUAACAUGCAGAAAGCAAAUUCGACAUCAACUUUUGCUGAUUUCAAAUGGUACUGAGAUUGAAACGAAGAUUUCCACACUUCCGCUUCCAGUGAAAAUCAAGCAAUUCCUGUCAUUGAAAGAAUGUAUCCAAGAAAACGAAAUAAUUCUGCUUGAAAAUGAUGAAAGAACGGAAACAAACACUGUAAAUGCUGUACAGUUUUUAGAGGCACUUGGAUUAUUCGGUGGUCUAUUCCCGAUGCAACUCCAAUAUGAUUCAGAUGACUAUUUUGAUGGUCAUGAUUAUUAUUAAACAGACAUAAAUGAUUAUUGAUAGCUAGUAAAGGUGGUAUAGACAAGGUAUUGAAUUGCAGCGUAAUCAUUAUAUUUAAAGUAGCUGGUUUUUUUUAUUAUUAUAAAAUUGUUGUUUGUUUUCAAACAUUAACAUAGUUCAAUUCAAUUUUAUAUUUUAUUAACGUCUCAACUUAUGCAAACAAUUACUCCAAAACUCGUAAAAGCUACAUUUUUAUACAAAAGCCUUUUCAAUCUAUACAGCUUUCUGAGAGACGAUAACAACUUAAUCAACAUGUACAACAAAGAAGUGAUAUAUAAAUGAUACAACAUUUUGUUUGCAAUAUAAAACUUCUAGGCGUCAAUUUAGAAUAACAUAACAGGUUUUCAGUUUAAUAAUUAGUCAUAUAUAUAAUAGAAAAAAACAAUAUGUAUACCAUGUUCUUGUAGUCUAUAAAGCUAUUUAAAUGAUAAUGGAUUUUAAUUUUUUUUAAGUUAUACAAGUGGUCUGCCUUAUACAACAAUUCGCCUAUGGGAAAGCAUUAAACAAAAACUUACACACACACUAUUUUCAUAGACAACGAAUAACAUUAAGGAAACACAGCUAUAAUAGUUUAAAAUAAAGCAGAAUAUGACUGCAAAAGAAAAUUUUAUUGACAAAUAGUACAUAUUUUAAAUUCAAACAACAUACAUGUUUGAUUUCUGCUAUUUAUCUUUUUUAACAAUAAAGAAGUGACAAUUAUCUGCCAUACUGAGUAUUUCAUUUUCAUAAAAUAUAUCUUGUUUUAUUAAUGACUGAUGGACUAUCAUUAGCUAUGUUGAUAGCUCCUUGUUGCUAACAUGAAUUAUCACACAAUUUUCUGCAAUUAUCUGUUGAUAAAUUAAGAAAUUAUUUAGAAGUAAUCUAGCCCAUGAAAUAUUGAGACUAAUUUCCAUUCCCUUGCAAAAUAGUGUUUUUAGAGAGAACCUUAGUUCUUAUGUCAUGCUGAUGAUACGAUCUGUGCGUGCGGCUAUUUUUGUGUUUUACAAAUGUUGUAAUUUAGCACGAAAUGCACUUGAAGUGUGACCCUGUAGCGCAAACAAGUAUGGCAAAAUUCGACAAUAAUGAAUGGUACAAAUUAUUUUUGACAGACAUAUGUCUUAUGAAUAUCUCAACAAUGUAAAUAAGUAGAUUUAUGGAAGUACACCACUAAUUCAUGGUCCCAUUACUUUCUAUGUUAAAUUCCUCCAUUUCAACCAGGCACACCUCUUUCAUUUUAAGUUCAAAUAAAGUGGCAAUCAUUGCAUGUCAAAGCAACACUUUAUGGUGUCUUCUACUGAAAAAAUCAACAUACCUUACAUGGCAUAUAAGAAAGAACUGGUUCCCAGAACUUCGGAUGUACCAAAACAGGUACUUCAGAUCUGACAAACAGACUAAAUGUACCCUCUUUUUAAAAUUUGGUGCAGUUUUUUUAAUAUUCAAAAUUAAAAGUCCAAAAGUGUUCUGCAAUGAUCACCAGUCCUUCAGCUUUCAUUUGAUACCAGAAAUACCUAAAUAUUCUUCAUAUUU